CUGAGGGAUUGGAACAGACAAGUGGGUGGAGCCACUGGGCUCCACCCCCCCCUCCUCCAGCUCCCCUACAACCUACUUUCUGCGGAGUCGUCCAGACAGGUGAGGGAGGAAUUCCUAACACCGGUGAGAAGGGUCGGAGGGUCAUGGGAUUGGGGUUAGGGUUCAAGCAGGGGGUCUGGACCCUACCUAAUCUGUGGCUUCUUGCUAUGCAGAGUUCAGGGAAUUCCUAAAGGGUUGGUUCUGGGGUGCUGCUGCCCAGGCGUUGCUGCUGUGUUGCUGCGGGAAAAGGCUUCUCCCCACCAGCUUCCUAGCCCUUGUGGAACCUGGGGAGGGGCCAUGGUGCCAAGCCAGUUGUUGGGGAGACUGGAGAAGCCGCUUCUCUUCCUGUGCUGCACCUCCUUCCUCCUGGGGCUGGCUUUACUGGGCAUACAGCCGGACAUCGCCCCUGUUGCUUAUUUCUUUCUCGCCUUGGGUGGCUUCUUUUUGUUUGUUUGCCUCCUGGCGUGUUCUCUGGAAUGGGGGUUCCGAUCAAUGCAGACGGAGAGCCCAGGGGAGAGCCCAGGGGCCUCAGGCAAUGCACGCGACAAUGAAGCUUUUGAGGUGCCAACCUAUGAAGAGGCUGUGGUGUUGGAAUCACAAUGCUGCCCCCAGCAGCUAGAUCAACCACCCCCCUACAGCAGUGUUGUAAUCCCCCCAGGACUUGAGGAAGGACAGCCUAGCCAUCCAGAGGGCCCUGACAGAGCCAGACUAGAAAGGCGAGUGGGCUCAGAGGGGUCUAUGACCCCACAAAACUCUGGAAGAGUUCCAGUCAGCCUUCAGCUUCGGGGACCGCGGGUCAUGUCCACUGCUCCUGAUCUGCAGAGCUUGGGGGUGCCCCCAAAGUUGGAGCCUCUUACUCCACCCCCUGCCUAUGAUGUCAGCUUUGGUCAACCCGAUGAUGAUGUUUUCUUUGAAAACAACUGGACGCCUCCCUAA